AACAGUAAAAAGUCUAGAGUUUUGUGAAGAUUUGCCCACUUAAGAAAAGUUUACUCUAAAGCAAAGAAUUGGAGCUGUGAAUCUUCUUAGGAUUUGAGCAGUCAGCAUGGCUUGGUUACAUUUACCUGUCCUGCUUUUAUUUUUAUGUUGUGUGAAUUUAACGGCAGGUGGCGAAACAAAGUCUCCUCCUCAGAAAGUUGGACAACCGCUUCUCUGUGAAGGAUGUGUUGCUGUGUUAUUAGAGCUCCACAAGCAACUGAAAGACUCUUCAGGCCAUAAAAAGGCGGUAACAUCAAGUGUUAGAAACCUGUGUAAUGUAAACAAUUUUCUUGUUUACAAAUUUAGUCCACCCAAAAUGGUAAAAGCCUGUAAUUACGUGACUGAAACGUUUAAAACGGAACUUGAAGAAAGUUUAAAGAAGUUCUACAAGAAAUACAAGACAAAAGACAACAGAAAACUUCUGAUAGAGUUUUGUAAGGAAAAAACCAGUUCCUGUGAGGAUAUUCCAAACACAAAAGAACAGGUAACACCAGAAGGUCUAACUAUGGAAGAAGCCAACGAAGAACUCCAUAACCGUUUGUCCGAGAGCAAAACUAAGCCUAAUGAAGUAGACGUUGAAUCUAUGCCAAGUCCUGACGCGACAAAAACCGAAUCUAAAGACGAGCUUUGAAAUUUAACCUGAGAGAAUAAUGACAGAUUUGGUUUUCCACUACAGACUUUAAUGUUAUUUGUACAGUAUGGUAAUAGUAAUAAUAAAAUGUUCAACCUUUUCUUCUACCCGCUA